AUGGAGCAGCAGCAACAACAACAACAACAACCGGAGCAACAACCAGAGCCACAACCAGAGCAACAACCUGAGGAGCAAUAUGAACAGCAAGACGAGGAGCCUCCAUCCUCUGUUUCGCAGCACGCCGAGAAUGGGUCUUCCGACGAAUUGCAAGGUGAACCUACACCCGGAGGCUCGGCGACGGUUCAGCCGCGGCCUUGCCUUCACUUAGUAUUACGCGACCAACCCCUUCUACACUCCUCUCAGUACCCAGAUUAUUCUACAGAAACAUCUCAAAAUUUAUAUGGGCCUCAGGGAGAGUUCAAUACUGCCAGUUACUCGAGUCCGUACGGCCGCCAUUCCUUUUUUGGGGGCUCCAAUCAGAAUAGCGAGUUAUACGGGACGGAACAUGAAUCCACCCAGGGCUGGACGACUCAGCGCAGUUAUUUCAAUCAAAGGCCUGGUGCAGCUACUCUGGGCUUAAGCUACGAUCGCCCUCUGCAAAGACCUUAUUAUCCCGCCAUAUCUCGGCCCUAUUCCUCUCCUUACCCUGCACACACUCCUUCUGCUUCUGCUUCGAAUCUUCUACCUUCUCCUGAGCCUUUUGAGCACUCGUUACUGGACUCGAUUCAAGCUGAAGUGGAAAGACGACGGCGCCAACAGAGGCGACUUAUAAGAGAACACACUCAUCCACUUUCUAUAUCUAACCCUGUUGACAAUCACCAAGGAUUGGGUGAAAAUGGGCCGAUGCCAUUUCAUAAUGGCCUCUAUAUGCCUUCUCAAGGGACCUCUAAUUCUGCUGGACCCUCGAACCGUAUUGAAACUGCCGUCAAUUCUGGGGCGUUAUCUAGCUUCAUGGCUUUUGUAAAUGACACGGAACGCCCCACUGUUGCCAACGAGACGUCACGAGAGGCCGAGACUGGCCCAGGCCACAAUGUACCUCCUGAUAGCCAAGGGGAAGGGUCCACAUCGGCUCCUCAGCCUGGCAAUUCUGCGGACUAUACUUCUUUCCGCCCUUUCGAGACAUAUGAUGGGAACCGUGAAGAACAAGCAAUUGCGCGACUCGAGGGAAUUCUUGCUCUUGACGAUGCUCGUCGUCAGCGUCGCCAGAGGAGACACCGGCGCGAGCCAGAGCCCUCUUCCGACGAAUCCGACUCGCAAGCCCCAAGUCCCCGGGCCACACUCCCCGCAAAGAAGCCUGUGAAUUCAGAACUCCCGGACGCCGGGCCGUCUGUUGAACGUAGGGAUGUCGGAUCUUCUAUCUUCGGACCUUUCAACACCGAGCCUUCCAAUGCCGGGCCUUCUAAUGCCGAGCCUUCUAAUGUCGGGCCUUCUAAUGCCGGUCCUUCCAAUGCCGGUUUCUCCGGCCCGGACGUUGACCUCGAAGCCCAGACCCGUCCCGCGCAGGGGCCACCUCCAAAUAUACCCCAGGUCGAUGGCGCUUCGGGAUCGCGACCGGCGCAACCGGCGCAGCCAGCACAGCCAAUACCGCUAGCACCGCUAGCACCGGUUCCCAAUGCGCAGCCUGUAAACCCGGCUCCGGUUCCGGGCCCAGCACCAGUCCCAGUCCCAGUCCCGGCCUCGGCUCCGGCCCAAGCUCAAGCUCAAGCUCAAGGUCCGCCUCCACCUUCAUCUGACCUCGUUAAGUCUGACUGCGGGUGUUUCGAAUGCCCCGAAGGCUGCAACCCCAAGUGUUGUAUUGAUUGGUUCAACUGGCUAACUUGUGGGUGCUUUCACUACGGCUACAGGGUUUUCAUCGUCUUUUUCCUCAUAAUGCUCGGUAUUACAGGCGCAUACAUCAUGUCCAUCAGGAAACCUUUUGAUCCCGAACAUGAUAUGCCUCACUGA